AUGCCACCAAAGAAAGGAAAACAGCCCCAAGUGGCUGGGAAGAAGAAGGAAAAUGUCGACAAGACAUUUGGUAUGAAGAACAAGAACCGUUCCACCAAGGUCCAAAGAUACAUCAAGCAGGUGCAGACACAAUCGGAUCCGAAGAAGGAAGAGAUGAAACUGUUGAAGCUGGAGGAGAAAAAACGUAAAGAAGCCGAAGAGGCUGAACGAAGAGCACUGUUCAACCCUAUAGUUGACCAAAGAAUUCGUGCGGGCGUGGACCCCAAGUCGAUGGUCUGUGCCCUGUUCAAGCUAGGGAACUGUAACAAGGGUGCCAAGUGUAAAUUCUCACACGAUUUGAACGUAGGCAGAAGAAUGGAAAAGAAAGAUUUAUAUCAAGAUACGAGAAGUGAGAAGGAAGAGGAUACCAUGGAUAAAUGGGAUGAAGAAAAGUUGAGAGAUGUUAUCAUGUCGAAGCACGGCAACCUAAAGACCACCACGGAAAAGGUGUGCAAAUACUUUAUCGAGGCGGUGGAAAUUGGCAAAUACGGUUGGUUUUGGAUUUGUCCCAACGGAGGUGACAUGUGUAUGUACAGACACUCUCUACCAGAAGGCUUUGUACUGAAGACCAACGAGCAAAAGAGGCUCGAGAGAGAGUCGUUGGAGAAACAACCAAAAAUCACACUGGAGGAGUUCAUCGAAACAGAAAGAGGCAAACUGGACAAGUCCAAGCUCACACCCAUCACAGUCGCCAACUUCGCGGAGUGGAAGAAGAAUCACAUCAUCGCCAAGAUUAACGAGGAGAUGAAGCUGACGAGCAAGAGGAAGCCCUCAGGUAGAGAGCUCAUCCUGAAGAUGACCGCCGAGAACAGGUCGUUCGAGUCAGAUAACACCGUCGACGAAGCGGCACAGGGCUCCGCAUGGGAUCUGUCCGAAUUCACAGACGCCUUAAAGAAGGCUGACCACCAGGACGACAGCGGUAUCAAGGAUUACGGUGACGGUAGCAACCCGACCUUCGACAUCAAGAAGGCCAGCCCUGCCACCCUCGCAUAA